GAUGCUAACAUGGUUAAGAAAUGAUGUGCCAAGCAAGUUAUAAUUUAAGAAUUUAACCCUUUAUCGUUAUUUAGAGUCCUGGGUUACAUAAAGAUAAGAUCUUAUAGAGCUGUUAUAUACCGCUUUACUUUACAAAUGUGACCCUGGAUGUGAAAACCCAGCUAAAGUCUUUUUUUGUGUGUGAUUUACAGUUUUCUACGUAAAAUCAUCCUUCAUAAGGCAAAUGACAUUCUGUGAAAAUGAAACUGAAGUGAAUAUUGACUGAUGUCGGACAGUGAAGCCCCUCCCACAACAAUUCACCUAUAAAUACUGGAGAAUAUUCACAUCAUCCUACAAGAGAAGAACAAACUCCAGGUGCAGCAGCUGAAAUCUGUCUGACUGUUAAAGACGGAGUUUAUUAAAGAGGAGAUUGAAGACAUGAGUGAUGCAGAACCAUCCAGAAUAAAACAUGAAGACACUGAGGAACAAACAGACAGGUUGGAGACGAAAGAGCAAAGACAAGAACCGAAUGAAGUGGAGGAGAAACGUGACUUCAACACUCAAAAAACAAAAAACAAAAAGCUGCACACCUGCUCGCAGUGUGGAAAGAGUUUCAAGUGCAAAGGAUACCUUACAAAGCACAUGAUAGUCCACACUGGAGAGAAAUCGUACACAUGCACUCAGUGUGGAAAGAGCUAUUCACGACUGGACACUUAUAAACGGCAUCAGAAAAAACACAAUGGAGAGAAACAGCACAACCUCCCUCAGUGUAAAAAAAAGACUGUCACAAAUACAGAUAGUCUCAAAAAUCAUCUGCACGUUCACACUAGAAGAAAGUCGUAUAACUGCGAUCAGUGUGGUAAAGAUUUCAAUUCGUUGUCAGGUCUCAGUCGACACAUGAAGUUGCAUAAAAAUGAGAGGCCUUAUUGCUGUUCUUACUGUGGAAAGAGUUUUACACAGCGGAGCAAUUGUAAACAACACCAGAUAAUACACACCGGCAAGAGAGAUCAUGCGUGUCGUGAGUGUGGAAAGAGCUUUAUUACAGCUGGUGAUUUAAAAAGGCACUUAAAAAUUCACAUUGGAGAAAAACCUCACAAGUGCUCAUACUGUGACAAGAGUUUCAUUCGGCCUGAACACUUGAGAGUACAUGAGCGAGUUCACACUGGAGUGAAGCCGUAUCACUGCACUCAGUGUGGAGAGAGUUUUAAACUUUUACGUAGUCUUGUGAUUCAUAUGGAAAAACAUUGUUCUGUGUCAUAGUGAGCAAAUGUUUGCUAGAGAUUUGAGUGCUUUUAAAAAAAAAAAAACUUAAAUUCGGGAUGAAGUGUGUCAUUACAUUUAAUUUAUUAAUGGAUGGAUAUGCAUUUAUAAAUUUGCACAUUUCUGGCAUGCGUGUUAAGCUUGGUUAAUUAUGUUUUUUCCUGUGAUUGUACAUGGGUUCUGUAUAAUAGCAAAAAUAAAAAAUAUUUAAUGUUU